AGGACGAGUAGUUCAAAACAUACAGUUCCUCAUCUUCAAUUCACUUGCACACAUAUAAUUCAUUCAUCUUCUCUCUAUAUCUCUCUGUCGAUAUACAAUGGCGGUUUCUGCAACUCAAAAAACUAUUCUAAUCAUAUGUGGUGAUCGCAUGGAGGAAUUUGAGGCGAAUGUACCAUUUCAAGCACUACAGGCCUAUGGAUUCACAGUUCAUGCAGUUUGCCCUGGAAAGAAAGCUGGUGAUUUUGUGUAUACAUCUAUUUUUCAGUCUUCCGCCUAUCAGGCAGCUUCUGAAACUGAUGGUCAUAAGUUCAAACUGAAUGCUACAUUUGAUGAUGUUGAUGCAACCAACUACGAUGGGCUGCUUAUCCCGGGAGGAAGGGCUCCAGAAUAUCUUGCAAGGAAUGAAUCUGUUGUGGACUUGGUCAAAAAAUAUGCAGAAACAGGGAAUCCAAUUGCAUCUAUUUGUCAUGGAUCAUUGAUCUUGGCAGCUGCAGACUUGGUGAGAGAUCGAACGUUAACGGCUUUUCCAUGUUUAGAAGCUGUACUAGUUGCAGCAGGUGCUACCUGGGUCGCACCACAGAGUAUGGCCGAUUAUUAUGUUGACCAUAAUCUUGUAUCUGGAGUCACGUAUGAAGCUCAUCCUAAGUUUAUCUCAUUAUUCUUGGGUACCUUAGGUUGCAAAGUACACGGUGCAGAUAAUAAGCGGAUUUUAUUCAUCUGCGGGGAUUUCACCGAGCAAUUGGAAUUAAUGGUGCCAUUUCAAUCUUUUCAAGCUCUUGGAUGUCAUGUUGAUGCAGUUUGCCCUAAUAAGAAAGCAGAUGAAACUUGCAUAACAAUUAUUCAUGAGUAUGAUUCAGGGGAUCAAACAUAUAGUGCCAGGCCGGGUUAUAAUUUCCCUCUCACAGAAACCUUUGAAGGUUUAGAUCCUUCGAGCUACGAUGCACUCAUUGUUCCCGGUGGCCAAGCUCCAGAGUAUUUAUCAUUGAACGAAGAUGUACUUAGUUUAGUAAAAACAUUCAUUGAUGCAGAAAAGCCAGUUGGCUCCAUGGGUCAUGGACAAAUGAUUCUAUCUUUUACAGAUGCUCUGCAGGGGAAAAGGUGUACCGCCCACCCAUGGCUGAAGUUGAAUGUGGAAUUGGCAGGGGGCUCAUGGACUGAGCCUAAUCCAAUGGAUCUCUGCGUUACGGAUGAUAAAUUGGUGAGUGGAGCGGCUUGGCCUGGAAACUCAAACUUCAUUUCUCAAUUGAUGGAAGUUCUUGGAAUUCGAGUGUCAUUCUGAUUCACGAGAUGCCUUUCUGUUAGCAUUUACAAGAAUAAGCUUAUUAAGUUCUACCUCUCCUUUCCUGAAAUACCUUGAAGAGGUCCUGCUCUAGCUGGUUUGUGCUGUUCGUUUUGCAUUUCGCUUUUUUUUUUGCGUUUGUUUCUCGUUUUUUCUCGUUUUUGUUGUAUGAUGUUUGGUUUGUUUUUUCUUUUUGGUCCUUCCCUUGCCGGAAAGCUGUGUAAUUUGUAUUUUCAUGUGCAGUUUGCUUUUUCCCCCUCUUUAGUUUUGAUAAAGAAUCGUAUUAUUGGGGC